AUGCGCAUCAUCAAUACUGAAGACCACCUCGACCUGGCCAACUGGACGUCAUUUUUCCAUGACAAUGUCGUUGUGCUGGAGAUCGAUAACUUGCUGGCCGGAUGGCCGACUUACACCCUCGAUUUUACACCGGAACGCCCAGGCCUGUUGAGACUAAUACUGCAAUUGAAGGAUGCUUCGGAGUUCAGGGUGAUUGAAGAGAAAGAUAGUGAUGAUGAAGCUGACGGACAAGCCAAGAGUGACUUACAGCCUGUUACUGAGGAGGAUCCAGAUGCUACAAUGGUCUGUGAGCCAAUGCCGGCACCCAAGGACUCAGACAUGGCUCAGUGCAUCAGCGCAAAGCCCGUCGUGCUACAUGUCAUCCCCAAGGACCCUCCCAGUAUCGUCCAUAUCCAGCAGAAAUUUGAGAAGGAGCACGACUAUAUGUGGCCUCCUCACCGCGGGUUCAGGGAGAGCUCUAACCGCACAUGGAUCACUCAGAUUGACGCGCUCAUGACCUUACCCGCAGCUGUAGAAGCCUUGAAGUUGGACUAA